CCUCGGGCUGCUAGAGGGAGUGGAGACGCGGCUGGGAGACCUGCGGGAGGGCGUCACCUCCUCCCCGCCCUUUCGGGUGAGGAUGGAAGUGACGACAGCAGCCGAGGAGGUCACUUCCUGCUGGGGUGGAUGAGGAGGAGCCGGAGACGCAGCGGAGGAGACCGGACCGUAGACGGACCGUGCCGGGGAGAGCAGGAGGGUGAAAAUGAAAGCAGGCUGUAGCAUCGUGGAAAAGCCAGAAGGAGGUGGAGGGUAUCAGUUUCCUGAAUGGGCCUAUAAAACAGAAUCAUCCCCAGGCUCCCGGCAGAUCCAGCUGUGGCACUUCAUCCUGGAGCUGCUGCAGAAGGAAGAGUUCCGCCAUGUCAUUGCCUGGCAGCAGGGAGAGUACGGGGAGUUUGUCAUCAAAGAUCCAGAUGAGGUGGCUCGCCUCUGGGGCCGCAGGAAGUGCAAACCACAGAUGAAUUAUGACAAGCUGAGCCGGGCCCUUAGAUACUAUUACAACAAGAGGAUCCUUCAUAAAACAAAAGGAAAAAGAUUUACUUACAAAUUUAACUUCAACAAGUUGGUGACGCCCAACUACCCAUUCAUCAACAUUCGGUCAAGUGGUGUGGUUCCCCAGAGUGCACCACCAGUGCCAACAGCCUCUUCCCGGUUCCAUUUUCCACCUCUGGACACUCAUUCUCCAACUAGUGAUGUGCAGCCAGGGCGAUUCUCUGCUAGCUCCCUAACUGCUUCUGGCCAGGAGUUGAGUAAUGGCACUGAUAGAAAGGUGGAGCUUUCAGAGCUGGAGGAUGGCUCAGCCACUGACUGGCGCCGGGGUGUGGAUCUCAUGUCUUCCCGGAAUGCUGUCAGUGGAGGAGGGAUUGGCCAUCAGAAACGCAAGCCUGACAUCAUGCUCCCUCUAUUCAGUAGGCCGGGGAUCUACCCUGACCCCCACAGUCCCUUUCCUGUCUCUCCAGUCCCUGGCCGAGGAGGUGUCCUUAAUGUCCCCAUUUCACCAGCCCUCUCCCUGACUCCCACUAUCUUCUCCUAUAGCCCAUCACCAGGCCUGAGCCCUUUCACCAGCAGCAGUUGCUUUUCCUUCAACCCUGAGGAAAUGAAACACUACCUUCAUUCUCAAGCCUGUUCUGUAUUCAACUACCAUCUGAGUCCCCGGACAUUUCCCCGUUACCCAGGGCUCAUGAUUCCACCACUGCAGUGCCAAAUGCAUCCUGAGGAGUCAACCCAGUUUUCUAUCAAACUGCAGCCCCCACCAGUUGGGCGGAAGAACCGGGAAAGGGUAGAGAGCAAUGAGGACUCAGCACCUGUCACUGCUCCAGCCGUGGCUCCUGUCCCUCCAAGAAUUAAGGUAGAGCCAGCUUCUGAAAAUGAUUCUGAGAAUCUCAGGCAGUCAGCCCGAGAGAAGGAGGAAUGCUCUCAAGAAGAGGGCACUGUGCCAAGGAGGACCAUAGAAGAAGAAGAGAAAGGUACCAUCUUUGCCCGUCCAGCAGCACCACCUAUCUGGCCCUCUGUACCCAUUAGCACCCCAAGUGAAGAACCCCUAGAGGUGACUGCAGACAGUGAAGACAGGCUUGGCAAAGAGCCCAGUGCACCUGAGAAAAAAGAAGAUGCUCUGAUGCCCCCCAAGCUUCGAUUAAAGCGGCGCUGGAAUGACGACCCUGAAGCCCGAGAGCUGAGUAAGGAUGGCACGUUUCCCUGGAACGGGUCAGGACCACGGGGCUUGGCAACAGCAGCUGCUGAUGCUUAGAACUGGAAGUGGAUUGGGAGCUGUUUAUACUAUAAUCACAUACAUGUAUCAAUAUUUAUGUAGCAAGACUUCAGGGUGGGGGGAGGGAGGGAAUUAGACUGGUUUGAUCAUUCUAGGGGCAUAGACUUGUAUUUUAUGUUUUGGGGAUGGGAUGGGGCAUCUUCUGUUGUAAAUUAGGUGGGAUAUGAACACACUUUUUCCUGGUGAGUAGGAUACAAGAAGGGUAUGAACUGAAGGAGAAAGAGCCUCUAUUUCCUGUCGAGGCUAAUACUUUCUGACAAACUCCCAAAGGGCCAAGACACUGGUCCCAUGAUUGUUCAGGUUCCAGACUUCUUUCUUUUCUACUGUAUUUAUAUAUGAAAAGCCAUUAAUGACUUUAUUUUGCUCUGAGAGUUACAUAUAAAAGGGGAGAGGGUAUGGUUGGGAGGUUAAGCAAUGAGAAACCAUUAAUACUCAGUAUUUGCCUGAGGUGUUUCUUUAUAAUUUCAGGAGGAGAAUAAGAUAAUCACAGUCUUACUGGGGUGGAGGGUGGGGGUAUUCAGGUGUUGCUCUUUUAUUUUUCCUAUGUUGUUGUUUGGCAUUUUUUCUUUUUCCUCUAAAAAAUGUUUUCAGGAAACAUGAAACAUACUGCCAGUUAGAGGGAACUGGGAAGUAUGGCACUGAGCCUGGCCGCAUGGUUGAGACAGGAAGCUCUGCUGUGAAUCUUGGACUUUCGCCUACUUCACCUGUUACGAAGCCAUGAGGAGUUGUAAACUCUUAUUCAGGGAGGAAAGAAGAAGGCAGGAGGAAGUAACCCAAUGCCUUUAAAGACAAAACAAACACAAAAAUGACUUUUAUUUUUCCUUUUCCAUCAUGGGUUUGGGGACCCAAACCAGUGUGAUUGUAGCAAGGUCACUGAGAGGCAUGAUAAUGGUGAAGAUGUGUUUUUGUUGUGUGUGGUUCUCUUAAUCAUUUUCUUAAGGCAAGCCUUACCAAUGAACGUACUUCAACAUGAUACGGGUCUGUCAAAAGAAACCUGUAAAAGGGCAUGAUGAGCUUUUCAGAUAAUCUGAGAAUUUUGGAACAUGGUUAAAUUUUGGGCUACUAUUUAGUCAUCCUCUCUUGAUGUUAUUGGGUUGGAUAGCAAAAAGGCAGGAUUAUGAGAGUUAAGGACAGAUGAUACCUGGAAAUACAGAAGGUAGCUGGGAGUACAAGUGGAUGUUUGUUGAACCUGAAGGAAUAGAUAGGCAAAACAGAAGGCAACCAGAUGCCAAAAAGCCUGGUAUGAAUGCAAGUUGGUGUCCUGUUGUGGCACUGCCAUUUUUGCUAUACCCAUUUCCCAAGCUUGUCCUAAUAUUCGUGAUCAAUUGGCUAUCCUGUGUGAGAUUCCAGUUUACAGACAAUGAAUUGUUUUUUCAUGGGAAAUAUCCUUCCAUCAACUUAAGGGGGAUCGGAAAGUAUUGAUCUUCUGUAAAGGAAAAGAAACCUAGACUAGGGGCAGAGAGAGAAGCCACAGCCAACUCUGUAUGUGUGUGCACAUGUAACUUUGUAGUGUGUGGAAAAACUAACUGUGGCUCAGAUCCACCUGGUAUUGGGGCAACAGAGAGAGAAAUAACUACAUACCUGAUGGUGCAGAGUGGGCACAGGGAUGUUGUCUAGGGAUGGAGAAAUUCCUGAGCCUAAGUGAACUGUAUAUACUAAGUAGCAUUGGAGGGUUGUCUUUAAAUGUUGGGGAUGGGUGUUCUUUUUUAAACUGGAGAACAUGCAUGAGACACAGGCUCAAGAAAGGUUAGAACAGGUGAGUUGUGAGAUGGCUUGGAGUGACACGAGUCCAUCAUGCAGGAUUGGUUUUUGGGUUUUUUUGUUGGCUUUUGUGUUUUGUUUUUUUGUGGGGUGGGGCAACUGUUCUCCCCUUGUUUAAUUCAAAUUCCACGAGUGACUUGUCCUUCCCUGGGAAAGGGACUGACAGAGCCAUCUGUAAGGACUCAGGCUUUGGUCAGGCUGCAAAGGGCUCCCUGUUCAGGCUGACUUUGGUUGGUUAUGUUUUUGUCAGUUCCUUUCUCUGAACCUCGACUUACCUCGAAUCAGAAAGCAAGUCCGGGCAUGUGGAGGAGGUAUCUCUUGUCAUUGCCCGAUCUAACCAGGGAGGCUGGCUGGCUACCCUCUCUGUCCACUAAAGGCGGGGGCCAGCAGGUAUCGGUAUUAACUCAGGAAUAGAAACAUGAGGCCUUUAAAAUACGAGGGAGAGAAAUCCAUGAUGCAUACCUGUAACCCCCCUACAACCCAAGUGCCAGAAUUAAUUCCUAGAUGCUGCUUCUGUUUAAACAAAAAGUCACUGCUUUUACACUUGAAAAAAGCACUCAAAAAGGUUCAGCUCCAUGAAAAUGGUUCUUGGCUUUAAAAAAAUUGAUGUUAAACUGUUUCCUUUGAUUGCCAUUCCACCAGUAAAUUGUUGGUCAGUUUGCACUGCACACUGGGGUUGAGGUGGAGGGGAAGGAAGGGUCCUUGUACAAAGCUGACUUUGGGCUUGCUCAGAAAGUGAACCAGGAAAUGUGAAGGUAGGUCAUUCCUGGGGUGAAGGGGUAGGAGAUAGUCUUUCUCCCCCCAGCCUGCUCCUGGCAGCACCUGUCACCAGCCUGGCACUAAUUAAUGUAGUUUUUUCUCUUCUGUGAGCAUCUUAUCACUAUCCAGCAGCAGGUAGGAAAAAGGGGGACAAAACCAGACCUAUUUUGUCUCCCCCAGUUUUCCCAAAUUUUGAUGUGCCAAAUGUUUAAAACUUUACAAAUAUAGAUCUUGAAAUUAUAUUAAAAACUUGUUCAUGCAAAGUUUGCUUUUUUGACUAUUGAAAAUAGUAGAGGUCAAUAUAAAAGGCAUCCAGCCUUACUGAGCUGCUUUUUUUUUUUUUUUUUAAAGAGAAUGGCUGUGAGUGAAGAAAUAUAAACAAUUUACCAGUCCCUUCACCUUCACCCCUGGUUUUUGAGCUGCACUGCAUUAAACCCAACUCACUAAUAUGGGCAGUUACUGCGCCCUAGUCCUCCAUGGGCCAAGAAGCUUUCAGCAGCAUUAAAAAUGAAGUAUUUCACUUCUCACCAAGCAGGUAGUGAGAGUUGACUAUUUGUUCCUUUUUUAUUUAUUCCAUAAUUAUGUUUGUGCUUUUUGUUUUAUAAAGAGUAAUGGAAUUUUAAUUUUGUUAAAAAGAAGAACUUUGAUCCAGUCUUUUCAAGAACUGUUCCAUUUUCAGUUUCUUGUGGAGGAAAAAAAAUCACCAUUUAAUUUGUUUUGAAUAUUUAGGCAUUUUUUGUGUUAUAAAAUUGUGCUGCAGGGAUUUGUGAGGUACUUGUGAAAGAUCACUAGUUAGCUCAAGCAGAAUGAAGUGUGUACAUGUACAUAAAAUGUGAGAGAUCUGAACUCCAUUGUGCAGUGCCUUUUAGAUGUUCCGCUUUCUAUAAAGUCUUCAAAUUUUUGCAUAUAUAUUAUAUAUAUGAUGUAAUGUUAUAGAAAUAUAUGUAUAAUAUACAUAUUUUUUUCCAGGGGUAUCUGAUAGCUCUGUAUUUUGUUAUGGAAGUUGAAAGAAAAAAAGUAUUUUACCUCAGAAAUUAAAGUUAAAUUAAAAAAAUA